AGGCCUACGUUGAGAAAAUAUUCGUAGAUAAUGUUACACAAAUUUACAGGAGCCGACAGAAACGAUAAGGUUGAGUUCAUGUUGUAAUGCUCUGACAGAAACGCAGCGCAGACAGAAGAAGAGAUGGAAAACAUAACAGCAAGCGAAAUUGCAGGCUUUGGGGUUGGCACUUUGCUACUAUGUGCUACAAUUGCUGCCCCCAAAGUUGAUGCUUUCAUUUCUGCUUCACAGAGAAGUUCUUUGGGCAUGUGCAAGAGAUGCGGUGAUCUAAGGAUGAUAGCAUGCUCCAGAUGUAGAGGAACUGGAUUAAUCAAAGCAAAUGGACCAUUCAGUUUUAACCUUAUUGAUGAUUUAUAUAAGUCCUUUGCAAGUGCUGAAUUGAAGGUAAAAUCCAUUGGAUGUACAAAAUGUCAAGCUAGAGGUCACUUCAGCUGUCCUGAUUGCUCUAAUAUACCCAAAGUUUGAUCUCAAUCAUGCCGCUGAAGACAUAUCUUCUUUUAUGCUCAUGCUUAAUAUAAUCAUGAGUUUUCUUCCUAUAGCCAUUGUACCUGAACUUCUUGUCUUAAUACACUGGAUAUUGUAAACCCACUUGUAGAUGGAGAAUUGUCAUAAUGGCUCCUAUUUAUACCAGUUUCAUCAUCAAUCACAAUGUUAUAUAUGGAGGUCUUGUGAAUUCUGUCCCUUCACAUUAUUGUACUUAAAAACUUUUUGUCUGAUUGCACUGGAUUUGGUAAUCCCACUUGUAGAUGUAGAUUUAUGACAGGAGCUCUUACUUA